AUGACGCCCGAUGAAUCGCUUGCCCUCGUCAAGGCCAACCUAGCCGAGAUUCUCAAUCCCGAAAUCAUCGACGAUGUUAUUAUCAACCAGAACCGAGCCCUCAAGGUCUACUGGGGCACCGCCACGACCGGCAAACCCCACUGCGGUUACUUCGUGCCCAUGGUGAAGGUCGCUGAGCUUCUUCACGCAGGAUGUCACGUUAAGAUCCUGAUCGCAGAUGUCCACGGCUUCCUCGACAGCCUGGACGCCGCCGCAGAGGUAGUCAAAUUGGAUGAUGAUCCCUUGUCAGGCGGAUUGGAUUAUCCGGUCAUGCAAGCACUGGAUGAAGAGUACCUCGACGUGGAUGCGGAGCUCGGCGGUGUCGACCAGCGCAAGAUUUUCACCUUCGCCCUCGACAACCUUCACAAAGUCGGAUACAAGAAAAGGGCACAUCUAAUGAACGCUCUAGUGCCGGGCCUUGGGCAGGCACAGAAGAUGAGCUCGAGCGAACCGACCUCCAAGAUUGGGCUGCUGGAUACACCCGAGGAAGUCGCUAAGAAGCUCAAGAAAGCUAUGUGUGUCCCAAAAGAGGUGGAGGGCAAUGGUGUCAUUGCUUUCAUCGAGCAUGUAAUCUUCCGCGUCCUUUCUCUAAAGGGACAGGUAAGGUUCACGGUGGAUCAGAGGGAUGGAGAGCCUCUUGUUUAUAAAGACAUCACCAGACUCAAGGACGACUACAAGCAAGAUAUCUUGACCCCACAGACGAUCAAGCCAGCACUGGUCAAGGCUUUGAAAGAAUUACUGACGCCGAUUCGAGAAGACUUUGGGAAGUCGGAGAAUUGGCAACAGGCUGACAGGCUUGGAUACCCUCCCGAGGAGAAGUUGGCCAAAACCAAGAAACAGAAGUCGACAAAACAGAAGAAAGAAGUAAGGGAAAAGGCUGCCCAGAUACUAGCACCCCCGAAUUCUGCGUCGGACUGA